CAGGUGAGAUAUCACGGACGACUCUCUGGGUCUUUAAAGUGUUGCAUUCGCACUAAAAGAGGAAGGGGUUUACCUAUAAAAGCAAACUGUAAGAAAAUUAUGGUCCAUUGUCGUGUAAACAAUAGUUAAGACCUUUCUUCAAAAAUUCCAAUAAUGGAGGAAGAAAUUUAUAUGCCCAUGUUUCCAAAAAUGGAAAAAGAUUCUAUACUUAUCCUACACACGCAUGACGGUGUACCAGUUGCUGAAUAUAUCAAGAAUAAUUUGGAAAUAUUCAAGGACCAAUUCAAAAUCAAAGUCAGUAUCUGCGACAUAGACGAAAUAGAAAGCAGAACUUUGAAUCAUCAGGUAACAAUUCUUUUGAUUACACCUGAAGUAAUAUCUCACCUGAAGGUGACCAAAGACAUGGCAGGUUCCUCUAUCCGAUUUCCAAAGAACACAAAUUCAACUUGUGCAUUUUUAGUUCACGAUUCUGUAAACUUUUCUGAUGGAGAAACUGAGGCGAUACUGAAGAGCCAAAUUCCAGAUUUUCAUGAUUGGACUGUGCUGGAAUUCGGCUCCGUAAGAUCAACAAUACAUAACAUUGUGAGUUUACUUGAUCAAAUGUCAACAGAUGUAUUUCCAGCCACCCUGCAAUACCGACUGGAACCAAACUACCUCAUAACAGACAAGAAUCUGGUAUAUAUUAUGUUCAAAGAUAAAAAGGAAAAGGGCACUGCCGUGUCUGUAAACUUGGAUAGAAGAAACAUAGAAGCCAAAUACCUCAAUCCCUAUACAUAUUCAUUUUCUCCAAGUGGUUUACCUUACGGGAGGAAUUCUGUAAACGUAUUUGUUAAUGGAACAUCUGAAGGUACUACAUCUUUAAUGGUGGGAAACAAAAUGGAUUUCUUGUACGAAGAAAUUAAGGACAUUGCAUCUCCGGUGGAAUUUCUGUGUCAGGUGCUGAGACUUUCUGCAGAGGAUAGAGAAAGUUUGGACAGAGAUCUGGCAGACAGAAUUAAUGAUAAUGCCAUUUCUAAUUUCUCAUUCUUGAAUGAUCUAGACGAACGGUUUUCUUGGCGUGAACAACAGAUUGACAAAGAACUCCCUACAAUGCUUCACUUUGGCGCUAAAUUUGGGUUGGACUGUUUCUGUCAAGUUUUGGUGAAAGUUCCUGGUUUUGGUAUAGCCCAGACAAUCCGGAAUAAAGAUGGCCUAACUCCAAGUCAAUUAGCUAAAAUAAUGGGGUUUCAUAAACUAUCUUAUGACCUUGAUCCUUUCCACAACAGGUCAUCUAAUACUAGUGUACUGGGGGAUUUUCAGUGCCCUAUUUCAGGGCCACCAGUUUAUCCCAAAUUUCAACAGAGGAGCCAAAGUGAAUCGACCCCGCGCGAGGGUGUUGUUCCGGAAGUGAGAAGACGAAAUCAAACUGAUGUAACAAAGAUACAUAAAAACAGGAAGGCAUCAGAAUCAUAUGAAAAAGUGAUAUCAAUACAAUCAACUGAUAGUGGAUUUUCAGCAUCGACCGAGAAAGAUGCGUUCGAAGACUUCGAUUACAAUUAUACAGCUGAAGAAAGUGAGCAACAAAAACAUGAACAGGUAAAAGCUACGAAACAGAAUCAGCAUAGAACUACCUGACAAACCAUUUCCAGGUUUUGAAGAUAAUUUGUCCGUCUCCACAAAGCUUUGAAGUAAAUAUCAUCGAUGACUUUGAAAAAUAAGACCAUUUCGACACAGUGUGAUGAUUAUUCCUUGACUUGAAUUGAUCUUUGAAAGGUUUCAUUAAGCUUUAUUUGUAAAGAAAACAUUUGCUUGAAAAGAAAUACACCAUGGGUAAAAUUUCUGUUUCAAUGCACAUGGUGAUGUUUAAACGAAUUGUUAAUGGUGCUUUAUUUGUCAAUGCAAUUUACUUACUACGCGUAUAUAUCAUAAAAUUGUAUCUUUAUGCUCAAAGGCUCGAAUAAAUUUCCGUAAAAAGUGGUAUUGAAUU